CAAAAAAGAGAGAGAGAGAGAUUGAUAGAAAAGUGUGUGACAAAAGAGUAAAAUAUUAAUAGUAAGUAAUGUAAUAAUUAGAGUCGCGGUGUUAAAUUUAACAUUGGCCGAGUACCCCGUUAAUAGUUACGUCUCCGUUAGUACUAUUCUCAACUCAGUUCAUCCUUAAACGCGGAUCCGAGACAUUGGAGUUGAUCCAACAGCAAAGACCUCCAACGUCCGACCAACCAGUUGACAAUUAAAUUUUCUUUCUCAUUCUACCCUACUCUUUUUUGUCUUUCGGUAUUUGCUGCUAAGGUCAAUGAUUAAUUUCAACUGGUGGUGACUUUUUAAGAAGUACUAGGACAGGAACUGUCAGAGUUCAGUCAGUCAAGCCAUUGAUACUCGAUUGCACGUUACAGCAAAAGUAAAUUUUUUUUAAUUUCCAAACAUGUCCAAGAAGAAGGUCUGCAUCGUCGGAAGUGGCAACUGGGGCUCAGCAAUCGCUAAAAUAGUUGGCGCCAAUGCCACUAAAUUUAAUAACAAAUUUGAAGAACAAGUAACUAUGUACGUUUAUGAAGAAAUGAUUGAUGGAAAAAAACUUACGGAAAUAAUAAAUACUCAGCAUGAAAAUGUUAAAUAUUUACCUGGACAUAAAUUACCACCCAAUGUUGUCGCAGUCCCGGAUGUCGUGGAGGCUGCUAAGGACGCAGACAUCCUUAUCUUUGUUAUCCCGCACCAGUUUAUUCGUGGACUGGCGGCCGCGAUGUUGGGAAAAAUAAAACCAACUGCGGUGGGACUCUCCCUUAUCAAAGGAUUUGAUUCCAGUGAUGGAAAAAGUAUUAAAUUAAUUUCAAAAGUUGUUGAGGAACAUUUGAAAAUCCCCUGCUACGUUCUGAUGGGCGCCAAUCUUGCCAAUGAAGUUGCCGAAGAAAAAUUCUGCGAAACUACCAUUGGAGUAAGAGACAAACGACUUGCGCCAGUUCUAAGGGAUUUAAUGAUGACACCAAACUUCCGAGUUGUUUGUGUUGAAGAUUGCGAAGCUGUUGAAGUUUGUGGUGCACUGAAGAAUAUCGUAGCCUGCGGAGCAGGAUUUGUCGACGGUCUCGGUCUAGGUGACAAUACAAAAGCCGCAGUAAUAAGACUGGGAUUAAUGGAGAUGAUUAAGUUCGUGGAUACAUUUUACGGAGGAUCAAAACUUUCAACAUUCUUCGAAAGUUGCGGUGUCGCUGAUCUAAUUACAACUUGCUACGGUGGCCGUAACCGCCGAGUUUGCGAACAAUUUAUCAAAACACAAAAGUCCAUCAAAGAACUUGAAGAUGAAUUACUGGGAGGACAAAAGCUCCAAGGACCAGCGACCGCCGAGGAAGUUAAUGGAAUGCUCAAGGAUAAAAAUAUGACUGAUAAAUUCCCUCUUUUCACUGCCGUCCACCGCAUCUGCACGCGAGAACUCAAAGGCUCGGAUCUGAUCGACCAAAUCCGUAAUCAUCCCGAGCACUCGUUAGUAUUUUAUUUUAUUAUUAUUUAUAUAUAUUUUUUAUUUAAUUAAUUAAUAUACUAAUUAGUAAUUAACUCUCAAAGGGGAGAAACUUCAGACUUGUCGAACCCGAACCUCCACUUUGAUAUUAAAAUUCACAUAUUUUUUAACAAAGGACUUUGUUAGUUUAU